AUACCUUCUGCAACAAAACUAGCGAUAAACUCACACACUGACGUUGCUGGAAUUGUACAGUAAUGUACGUUAACAUCCGGCCGACUUAAGCAUUCAUUUUAUAUGCCCCCCCCCUUUUUGAAAUAAUACUUAAAAUUCCGGAUUGGUUUAUUAGUGCUGGGCGACGUAUUCUGUGGAGCCUUCACGUUAGCUGCAAAGGGCUAAGAUAUGCCAUAUUAAAUGUUACUCAACAUCACUUCUACAAAGUGGAAUGUUUCGUGCCCUUGAUACUAGGUGCUGUUGUCACUGUGACUGAGACUUAAACAUAGUAAGAAUCCACUUUUCCUCCUUCUGACUCUCUGGGCAGUCCCUUACCAUGAAUGAAGUCAGUAUAGUGAGAGAGGGAUGGCUUCACAAAAGAGGUGAAUAUAUCAAAACAUGGAGGCCUAGGUAUUUUAUCCUAAAGAGUGAUGGCUCUUUCAUUGGUUACAAAGAGAAACCAGAUUUAAAUGACCAAACUUCCCCACCACUGAACAACUUCUCAGUGGCAGAAUGCCAGUUAAUGAAGACUGAAAGGCCCAGGCCUAAUACAUUUGUCAUCCGUUGUCUGCAGUGGACCACUGUUAUUGAACGUACUUUUCAUGUAGAAAGCAAUGAAGAGAGAGAGGGGUGGAUAAGGGCAAUCCAGUAUGUAGCGAACAGUCUGAAAAUGCAGGAACAGGGGGAAGAGGAACCAAUGGAUGUUCUCAGCUCACCAAACGAAAGCAGCCUGGUGGAGAUGGAAGCGGUUAUGUCCAAGAGCCGCACCAAAGUGACAAUGAGUGACUUUGAAUAUCUGAAGCUGCUUGGAAAGGGUACCUUUGGGAAGGUGAUUCUUGUCAAAGAAAAGACAACUGGAGUACAUUAUGCCAUGAAAAUACUGCGCAAAAUGGUGAUAAUAGCCAAGGAUGAGGUGGCCCACACGGUUACAGAGAGCCGAGUGUUACAGAACACAAAACACCCUUUCCUCACGACACUGAAAUAUGCCUUCCAAACCCACGAUCGACUCUGUUUUGUAAUGGAAUAUGCUAAUGGAGGCGAGCUCUUCUUCCACCUCUCACGUGAACGAGUCUUCACAGAAGACCGGGCACGCUUCUAUGGUGCUGAGAUUGUAUCAGCACUUGAGUACCUCCAUUCACGUGACGUUGUUUACCGUGAUUUGAAGCUGGAGAAUUUGAUGCUGGACAAAGACGGACACAUUAAAAUAACUGAUUUUGGCCUUUGUAAAGAGGGCAUUACUCCAGAUGCAACAAUGAAAACCUUUUGUGGAACACCUGAAUAUCUGGCUCCUGAGGUCCUAGAAGAUAAUGACUAUGGCCGUGCAGUGGACUGGUGGGGUCUCGGUGUAGUUAUGUAUGAAAUGAUGUGCGGCCGUUUGCCUUUCUAUAACCAAGACCAUGAGCGCUUGUUUGAGCUCAUCCUAAUGGAGGAGAUCCGCUUUCCUCGGAACCUCUCACCUGAGGCCAAGUCCCUGCUGGCUGGCCUGCUCAAGAAGGAUCCCAAGCACAGGUUAGGAGGAGGUCCCAGUGAUGCCAAAGAAGUAAUGACUCACAAUUUUUUUAUCACCAUCAACUGGCAGGAUGUGGAACAGAGAAAGCUGACCCCCCUCUUCAAACCGCAAGUAACAUCAGAGACAGAUACCCGGUACUUUGAUGAGGAGUUCACAGCACAAACAAUCACACUCACUCCCCCAGACAAGUAUAACAGUCUGGACUGUGAGGACCCCAGCCAAGAAGCACAUUUCCCCCAAUUCUCCUAUUCUGCUAGCAUAAGAGAGUGAUAGCAUCUCUGCAACACACAUGCACACACACACACACACACACACACACACACAUGUCUGGUUUGCUAUCCUGGUGGGGACAUCCCAUUGACAUAAUGGUUUCCCUAGCCCCUUACCCUAACCCUAACCAUUAAAAAUGAAUGCCUAACCCUAACCCUUACCCUAAACCUAACCAUAACCUAAUUGUAACCCUGACACUAAAACCCCAUUUUCAGUGUGAAAAUUGCUUUCAACCCCGAGGGGACCUGGAUUUUGGUCCCCACGGUGCAGAAAGUCCCCACCAGUAUAGUAAAUGUCAGAUUUUGGUCCCCACCAGGAUAGUACGAACCCGUACACACACACACACACACACACACACACGCAGUAUAAACACCUUGGUUACAAUCAUACAGCCAUAAAAAUAAGUAGAGCUUUCAUUUUUAAAGAGGUGUUAGUCUUAGCAGGAUUUCAGUGCCUUGCCUGGGAGCCUUAUUGUUGAAAUCUGUCUUGGUCCACAGAAAAGAAAAAUCCUAUCCACAGUGGCUAUACUGUAACAUAAGAACUUCACAUAGCCACCAGUGCAGUUUAACAACAUAA